CUGGCCUGGUAAAUGGUAACCCUAAUGUUGUGUAUGUAUCAGCAAUGGCAGCAAUGGCAGUCCCAUGACUUGUAUUGAUGCCCGCCAGCGCCUCCCGAGCUGGCAGCUCUCCAAUGCCAAUGCCUUCUCCUCCAUAACAACAAAGAGAACCCAUGCUUCGCCUCCUCCGCUGCUCUUCCAACAAUCCUUCUCCUCUCCUUCUCCUCCCCCGCGCUAUCACCACUAAGCUCCUCUCCUUCUCCUCCUCCUCCUCUUCUUCCAACGCCUCUCCCUCACACUCCUUCCCGCCAUUACUCCCCAUAGCCCACUCCUCUCUCAACCUCGACCUCGAUUCCUCCCUAAUCGCCACCUCCUUCCGCCAAUGGUUCAAAGACGGAGCCGCCCCUCUCUCUCUUCUCGAUCGGAUCUACGCGGCCCUCGCCUCCUGCCCUGACGACGACCCUUCUGUUGACGCUGCUCUCGCCCCUCUUCAUCUCCCCCUCUCAGAGUCCCUGGUCCUCCGUGUCCUCCGCCACCGCCCCACCCCCUCUAUCCCCAACCUUCUCCUUCUACGUCUCAAGUUCUUCGACUGGUCCGGACGGCAACGUCACUACCGCCAUUCCAUCUCCGUCUUUCACGCCAUCUUCCGCAUCCUCUCGCGUUGCAGCCUCACCUCCAUCGUCCAUAGCUUGCUCCGCGACUUCUCUGACCGAGCUCAGCACUCCUUCGUUCCUCGAUUUCACCAUACUCUCGUCGUUGGCUACUCCGUCGCCAGCCGCCCCGACCUCGCCCUUCUCAUUCUCGCCCGUAUCCGCUUCCAUGGCCUCGACCUCGAUCCUUUCUCCUACCACGUCCUCACCAACUCCCUCAUCGACUCCUCUGACUUCGAUCUCGCUGACUCCCUCCUUUCCCACCUCCAAUCGCAAGGCCACUCCGGCCCUGUCUCCACCUCCCUCCGCAUCAAGUCCCUCUGCCGCCAGAACAAACUUGACGACGCCAUGGUUUAUCUCCGGGACAUCGAAAGGUCAAAACUUGGCCAUCGCCGGGAGCUCAUUGAUGGCGGCGUCGGCGUCCUUGUUCACGCCCUCUGCGCCCGCGGUCGGUUCCGGGAUGCGGGGAGGAUCGUCCACGAUUUCGGGGCCCCUUACACGUAUGGCGUCUGGAUUGCCGACCUCGUUACCGCCGGUCGGCUCAAUGCUGCCAUGGAAUUCCUUGAAGCCAAGAAGAGCUCCGAGGACUACGUCCCUGAGAGUGAGCAUUACAAUAUGCUAAUCAGCCGGAUGCUUCAGAAAAACCAGCUCGAUAAGGUAUAUGACCUGCUUGUGGAAAUGCGAGAGGAGGGCGUCGUCCCUGAUAGGGCCACCAUGAACACCACUCUUUGCUUCUUCUGCAAGGCUGGUAUGGUUGAUGUUGCUAUUCAGCUAUACAACUCGAGGGUUGAGCUGGGCCUCGCCCCUAACAAGCUUGUAUACAACUAUCUGAUCACCGCCUUGUGUAGAGAUGGGAGUGUUGAUGAGGUUUGCCAGGUUCUCGAGGAGUCCAUGGCGCAUGGCUACUUUCCUGGGAGGGAGACAUUCAAAAUUCUCUCUAAUUUGCUCUGCAGGGAGGGGAGGCUCGACAGGAUGCGCAAACUGCUGGAUGACGCGCUUCAAAGAGAUAUCCGCCCGGUUACCUAUGUCUAUGCCCGGUACCUUGCUGCAUUGUGCAAGGCAGGUCAUGUGGAGGAGGCUUGCAUGGUGCCACACAUGGUCAGUGGGGAGAAUGCUGGAAUUGGGAGGUUUAGGUACACAUAUACUAGUUUGAUUCAUGCGUUUGUUGUAUUGAGGAGAGUUGACGUGCUUCCACAGCUAAUAGUCCAGAUGCAAGAGCGAGGGCAUUCUCCAAGUCGGAGGCUUUAUAGGGAGGUCAUUUGUUGUAUGUGUGAAUCAGGCAAAUACGACAAUGUGCUCAAUCUUCUCAGUGAGCAGUUGGAACUCAAGGUUCUUGACCAGCGGAUCUGCUACAACUACUUUAUUGAUGGGGCUUCUAAUGCCAAGAAGCCUGAGUUAGCAAGAAAGGUGUAUGAUAGGUUGGUAGCUGCAGGGAUCGAGCCCAAUCUGGAUACUGAAAUUCUCCUUUUGCAGAGUUAUCUGAAGAGCAAACGCAUUGGUGAUGCACGCCUUUACUUCUACACCCUUACAGAGAAGCGAGAGCCUAGUACUAAGCUGUAUAAUAUCUUUAUAACUGGUCUUUUGGAGGCUGGUAAGACAGAGCAGGCAGUGGUUUUCUGGCGGGAGGCCAGGAGGAAGGGCUUGAUCCCUAGCCUGCAGUGUUAUGAGGAGCUUGUAAAUGAAUUGUGUUUAUCCAAACAAUAUGACAUUGCGGUGAAGGUACUGGAUGAUUUUAAGGAGACAAGUCGCCCAGUUUCAUCCUAUCUGUGCAAUGUGCUCAUGUUGCAUACUUUGAAGUCUCGAGAUCUAUUGCGAGCUUGGGUCCAUUCCAGAGAAGAUUGGCAUAGACAAAGCAAACCUGAGGAAAUAAGUGAGGAGACUUCAGCUUCAGGAAGGUUGGUGCUUGGUCAGCUUAUUGCUGCUUUUUCAGGUGGAAUCAGGAUGACUGAAAAUCUGGACAAGUUGGAUGAAGUGGUUGAGACGUUCUUUCCGGUUGAUCUUUUUACCUAUAAUUUGCUGUUGAGGGCUCUGACUAUGGUGGGAAGAAUGGAUUAUGCUUGCGACUUGUUUAAUAGGAUUUGCAAGAAGGGUUUAGAACCAAACACUUGGACUUAUGACAUUAUUGUGCAUGGUUUCUGCAAGCUUGGCAGGAGAAAGGAUGCUGAGAGAUGGAUGAUGAAUAUGUACCGAAAUGGAUUCCAUCCAACAUGGUACACUAUGAGUUUGUACAAUAAGACACCUUAGCAGUUGAAAAUGCUUCUGGCUGUUCUAAUCAUGUCCUGUUUAAUUAACAUGGUCCUUGAUCAUGCUGUAGCAGCCCAUCUUUCUGCGGAUAUAACAGAUCAGCCAGCCUAGGGGUACUAUUCUUUGCUUAAUGGAAUAACAAGGUGAAAUUAUUUGGGAUCAAAAUGCAGGUUUUUGUUUAUUCAGAAGAUAGUUCCUUCCAAGAAGGUACUGAAUGAUGGAGCAAUUUUUUUUUUUGGGGAAUUUCUUAUUUUGAGGAUGUAUAUUAUACCACACGAGAUGAGCUAUGUCUUUUACAGAUUCCUACUGUAUGUGUUUUCUUGGCGUCUCUGGUGCAUACUCCAAAACGCUUAUAUUGUUUUUCUGCUCAAGAUGAUAUUGUGUACACUAGUCCAAUUUUUCCGCAUAAUAAGUUAGCAAAUUGAUGCAUUUUUUGUCA